AUGGACCAAUCAAUGCAAAGUAAAUGGCAGCAAAUUAUCAAAGAUGUUACCUCACCUCAGCCUCCAUCCACGAGUGACAAAGGUUCCCUUGUAGUGGUAGGGUCGGGGAUUAUGUGUGUUGCGCACUUUACAAUGGAAACUCUUAACCAUAUCCAGGAUGCUGACAAAGUGUUUUAUCUCGUAACUGAUCCUGUCACGGAGAUCUACAUCCAGGAACUGAGACCCGAUGCCAUCGAUUUGUUUGUUCUUUAUGACGAGAACAAGGAACGAGCCACAACCUACGCCCAGAUAACAGACGUCCUUCUUUACUAUACCAGGAGGGGGCAGAAAGUUGUUGUAGUAUUCUAUGGACAUCCUGGAUACCUGGUCAACCCAUCCCACAAAGCUGUCCAGAUUGCCAGGUCUGAGGGGCUCUCUGCUMUAGAACUACCAGCCAUUUCAUCCCUCGAUACCAUGAUCUCAGAGCUCGGUUURGAACCUGGAAUUCCUGGUCUCCAAGUCUUAGAGGCAACAGAUCUUCUAAUGUAUUCCAGGAAGUUGUUAACAGACAUCCAUGUGGUCAUCAAUCAAGUAGGCUGUGUUGGUGAUGUUACCUUCCAGUACAAUGGCUUUCCAAACCAACAUUUACCAGUUCUCAUUGAGUAUCUCAUUAGCCAUUACGGGGAAAGUCACGUUGUCUACAAUUARAUUGGGUCCCAAUUUCCCGUCUGUAAAUCUGUGGUCCAGAAAUUUAAACUGAUUGAGCUGUUGAGGCCUGAGAAUGCUGUAAACGUCCAGUCGAUGUCAACCUUCUACGUGCCACCACUGACAACAGGGAAGCUUAACGAAGAGGUCGCACGAAGAAUUGGUAUGGUCCGAGAAAACACAACGCAGAAAGUGAAUCACGCCAAAAUUGCAGAUGACGCUGCCAAAAAGUCGGAAAAAUCCAAAACUUCUGCGCUUUUUCCAGGAUGGAGCAUUUCCAGACAAUAUAAACCUGUUAAAAGUAGUCAACUUUCCAAGCUUCUCACAAAGAUCAGUAAGACGUCCGCGCUUGACUUCACACCUGAAGACGAAGCAGCACUGUCAGAAUAUCAGUCAAAGGCCCUUAGAACAAGGAAUUCAGACUGGAUUCAUUUUGCUUUGAAGAGUGAAGAAUACGAAAUAAAAGAGGCUAUGAGAAAACCACAAAACACUGAAGAAAAGCAAGGAAUGAUAAAUGCUGUAGACGGCCCACCAAUCACAAACCAGGCUUUGUCAAUCCACGGCAUGGCUUCACACUAUCACUCAAACAGAAUCUGCUGUAUUGAUUCAAAGCAAGAAAACCGAGAAGUUCAAAAACCAGUUAUUUGA